AUGCCUCGAAAAUAUAUAAAAAAGAAAGUGCAAAAAUAUUCGCAAGAAGAUGUUGAAAAAGCAGUGGAAGAAGUCAACCAGGGGAUAUUUUCAAUUUACGGUGCUGCAAAAAAAUAUAGCAUUCCCACAACAGCACUUUUUGAUAAAGUGAAACUAAAUCACAUCCAAAACAUUGGUAGACCACAAGCUAUCCCUUUUCAACAAGAAGAAGGAUUGGCAAAUGGCCUUCGAAUUAUGGAGAAAUGGGGGUUUGGUCUGUCUAGAAACGAAACGCUUGAUGUAGUUACUGACUAUGUUGCGAAAAAUAACCUGAAAACUCCGUUUCAUAACAACAGACCUGGCCCAGAUUGGUUUCUUAAUUUUAAAAAAAGACACCGAUUGUCAAUUAAUAAACCUCAACCUCUUGAACAUACUCGAAAAAAAUGA